UAGAUAAAUUUAGUUGGGUAGCGGUUUGCCAACGCCGUGAGCCAAUCGUUGGUGAAUAGGCCAUCCUGGUUGGCUUAUUUUCUACCAGGGGAAUGCUCAAGCGCAAGUGAAAUAGAAAAAUUAGUAGGUGCUCAAAAUGCAGUAGUGGGUGAAUAUCCAUACCAAGUUUCACUUCGAGUUGCGGGAAACCAUUUUUGCGGAGGUGCUUUAAUAACCAAGAAACACAUUCUUACGGCAGCCCACUGCGUCUACCCAAUCAAGAAACAACCAUUCCUUAGAAGAGUCAUGACAGUUGUAACUGGCACAAACAGCUUGAAAAGUGGUGGUAAAUCUUACAAGGUGGAUAGUCUUUCAUAUUAUGAAAAAUAUGUCGACAAAACGGAAGACCCAGAUUUUAUGUAUGACAUUGGUGUAAUUACUCUCGCUAAAGAAGUUGAACUAUCAAAAUUAGUAGAGAUUAUUCCUCUUCCUACUAAAGAUGUUAAAGGUGGAGAAGAUGCAGUCAUUACUGGAUGGGGAACUAUGAAAACACCUGAUUCACCUCUAUCUCAAACUCUCAAUAAGUUAAAUGUGCAGGUUGUUAAUAAUGCUAGAUGUCAAUUAUAUUACCUUGGCGCACGUACAAUUCAAAAAUCCCACAUCUGUGCUUUUCGCAAACGUGGUACAGGCACUUGCUCGGGUGACUCCGGCGGUCCGCUGGUAUCCGAUGGAGAAAUCAUCGGAGUGGUUUCUGGCGGAGUAGCUUGUGCUAAAGGAUUUCCUGACAUUUAUACAAGAAUCUAUUACUACCUAGAUUACGUAAAGGAAAUAAUUGGUGACAAAUCAACCAAACAAUAAAUAAGGGAUUGUCAAUAUGAAUGUGAGAAAUUUUAGUUAUUGUUAAGAUCGUAAUUUAUAUGUUUUUAUAAUAACAAAUAAACCAGCAAAUUGAACUGUACUACGUAUGG